AUGGUGAAUUUUAAUAAUUUUAUAAAUAAAUGUAUUUGUGUAUUCUUUUCAAAUAUUCCCAAGACUUUUUAUGGGAAAGAAAAAAUCAAAUUAUAUAGGGAAAUUAUAGAUAAUGCCAAAAACUCUAAAAUAAUUAAUUUUCCUAUAGACAAAGAUUCAGUUAAUUUUUUCUAUAUUUCAAAUGAAAUUAAUAAGCUUCUUAAUAUAAAAAAUAAAAUAAUUAAUGAUAAUAUUCAAAAAAAAAUAAUUGUUGAAAAAUGUUUUAAUCUAUAUUAUCUAUUAGCUACACACACAAAAUUAAAAAAGGAAACAUUUUAUAAAAAAAGAAUAUUGGAAUGUAUUGAAGAAAAUAUUUCUAAAUAUAUAUAUAAUAAUAAGGAUCAGAAACUUGAUGAAAAAAAUAUUCCAUAUAGUAUACGCAUAAGAAAUAAUAAAUCGGUGGGGAACUUAUUUAAUGAACUGAAAGAAGAUUGCUCAAAAUAUUUGAAAAAAAUUAACAACAUUAAAGUUAGGCAUUUAAUAAUAGACAAGAACGAAAUAAAAAUAGACGACGGAUGGAAGAAAAGCCAUGAGUACACUUUUAAUAAAAAUAAAUUGAAAAUUCCAAUCAGUAAGUAUAAUUAUGAAUAUAUUUUAAAUGGGCUUGAAGAAUCUGAGUCUCGAAAAAAAGUACUAGACUUACUUAACAGUCCAUAUAAAAAUUUAAAUUUAAAUAGUGAUGUAAUAAAUAUACUAAAAAAAAGAUAUGAUUUAGCUAAUAAAUUGGGGUAUAAAAAUUGGGGACAUUAUUCUAUAUCACAAUUUACAAUGGAAAAAAAUAAUUAUGAAAAUAUAGAAAAGUUUCUUAACAUAAUUAAAGAAAAGAUCGAAAAAGAUUAUGAUAAAAUAAUUUAUGAUAUAUUAAAAAUAAGCAAUUUUAGUAAAUUUAACAAUAAAAAUAAUAAAAAAAAUUAUUGGGAAAAUAAUACACACAAACUAGCCAUUUAUGAUUGGAGUUUUUAUUAUAAUAAAAUUAUGAACAAGUCAGAUGAAUAUUUGAUAAAUAGCUAUUUUCCACAAAAUGUUGUUUUAAAAAAUUUUAUGGAAAUUAUUUCAAGAAUAUAUAAUUUUUUUUAUGAAGAAAUUAAAGAUGGAGAAAUAAAAAAAAAAUGGCCAAAAGAUAGUAUAAUAUAUAAAAUAGAACGUUACCAAACUAAUGUGAAAAAAGGGAAUACACAAAAUUAUAACGAUAAAAAUAUGUCUAAUAAUUCAUUUUUAGGAUAUAUAUAUAUAAUUCCAUAUAUGGACAUAAGUUUUAAAGACUAUUUUAGGGUCCCUUCAAUGAGUUCUUUACCAAAUACAUGUUUAAUAAGUCCAGGACAUGUAUUGAUAGAUUAUAAAUUUAUUAGAACAGUACCUAUUAAAAAUAAAUUAUUUAGUUCAUCUGAAAUUUUAACAUUAUUUCAUGAAUUUGGUCAUGCAUAUCAUUUAUUAUUGUUGUCAAAUAAUUUGAGUUUAUCAAAUUUAUUUAAUAUUCCCUUAGAUUAUGCUGAAUUUUUUUCGCAUAUAAAUGAGCAUAUAGCUAAUAAUUAUGAUAUAAUUAGUAGUAUGUCUAAUAAAAUUGAUAAUAAUUUAAAAAUAAGUGAAAAUCUAUUUAAAACAAUUAAAUUUGAUUGUUCAAGAUAUGCUAAUAUAUAUUCACAAUCUAUUAUAGAUUAUGUUAUACAUAACCUUAAUCCACAUUUGUUUUUUUCAAACACAACUAAUAGUUCUGAAAAUAAGAUAGAGAAUGAAGAAGAUAAUCUAUGCAAUUUUUAUGAAAUAAUUGAAAAAUAUUUCCCUUAUAAAUUUUGUUCCUCUUAUUCAGUACAUUCUACUAGUUUUCCAUAUCAUUUUUCAAGUUGUUAUUCUGGGGCUGUUUUAAGUUAUUUAUUUGCAGAGACACGAGUUCUUUUAAAUGUUUCAACAGAUCAAAUUAAUUUAAAAAAAAAUAAUACCCUAACUUCUUUUCAGAAAAAGUUUUAUGAUAUAAUUCUUAACGACUUUAAAACAGACAAUUAUCCUUCUGUUAUAAAUAGUUUAAUAAAUUCGAAGAAAAAUGGAAAAAUUUUUAAGUAG